AUGGAGUGGUGUGAUAAGCUGCGAAGAGUGUGGAAUGGCAUCGCUUUGCGUCUUGGGAUUCGUAAACGCGAAAGAGCAAAAACAAAUCCUUCUGGAAUUGUUUUCACUGGGCUAGGUGCACUCCAUAUCUUGAUCAGCGCACCUGUUGAUCAUCCUUGUCUUGUGGGUAUGACUAUGAGGAAAGACUUCUCUAACAACAGUUAUCCGCAUCACAUAGCAUCUCGUGGUCGUGGAAGCUCGCUGUUUCACAACGAUCAAGGUUUCCAUGUGACUGCAUUAAGUAACGAGGGGUGCCUAUAG